AUGGGGGAGCCCAGGGGAGCAGUGGAGGGGCAGGAGGGGGUCUCAGAGCCCUCGGGGGUCCCUCAGCCCUUGGAGAUCUCACAGCCCCCGCAGGUCCCAGAGCCCUCAGGGGUCCCUCAGCCCUCAGAGGUCCUGGAGCCCUCAGGGGUCUCACCACCCUCAGGGGUCCCGGAGCCCUCAGAGGUCCCUCAGCCCUCAGGGAUCCCGGAGCCCUCAGAGGUCUCACCAUCCACGGGGGUCCCUCCACCCACGGAGGCUCUGCAGCUGCCGGGGGUCCUGCAGCCCACGCCGCCCCCCGAGAUGCUGGAGGGGGUGCUGAGCCAGCAGUUCGGGGUCCUGCCCCGCGCUGCCCCCAUCGCCCGCCUGCGCCGGGGGGCCCAGGGCCAGUACGAGCCCACCGGCGACCCGGCCGAGGUGCUGGAGCGAAGGCAGGUGGCCAACGCCAAGGAGAGAGAGAGGAUCCGGAACCUGAACAGCGGUUUCUCCCGGCUCCGGUCGUUGGUGCCGCUGGUGCCGCGGGACCGCCGGCCCAGCAAGGCCGACACGCUGCGGGCAGCGGCCCGGUACAUCGGCCUGCUGAGGGCCCUGCUCAGGGACUGCCAGAAGCUCGAUGCUGAUGCUGAGCAGCAGGUGGGGGGCACUGAGGGGGUCCCACCAGGGGGGCCACCUGAGAGCCGGCCUGGCUGUGCCCCCCCAUGCCCGUGGGGACCCCCUGUCCUGCCCCCCUGCCCUGGGGCACGGCAGGAGAGCAGGGGGACGGUUAUUCCUGCUGUCCCCAAAAUUCCAGGGGGUCCCGAGGGGGAUCCCCCCGACGGCCAAGUUCAAGGCUCCAGACCCCAAGAAUGGGGUCACACUCCUGUCCCAAAGCCCUGCACCCCAUGAAAUCAGCACCCCAAAACUGAGAGUGGGGGGGAGGGUCCAUCACCCCUAAAACACGGAGGUGAUGGGGGCAGAGCUGUAAUUAAUUGACCUAUGAAAUUGUAAUUAGUAAUUAGUAAUUAGCUGCCCCUCCCCCCCAGGUGAGGGCUGAUUAAUGAUUAUGAAUAUAAAUCCCCAUUAACUGCAGAAUAAAAGGAGAUUGUGGGGUAUCAGCGCUG